AUGAAUUUUAUUACUGUUAAUUGGACAGCAGAUCCAGUAGACGAUACAGUUUUAGAUUAUAAUAUCGUUUACUACUUAGGUUAUGGUCUUAAGUUGAUGGAAGGAUUAUUGAAUUCUAUAAUAUCUGGUAAAAUUCAAUCCUCUUUUUAAUAAACUCUUAGAAUUAGCAAAGGAUGUCAUAUGAACAAGAAUAAAAACGCAGGAAAAGAUGUUAAAUCAUGUGAGUUAGUGCAGCCAUUCAAGAAGUUGCAGAAAGUUAUGAAGUUUAAAUAGAUGUUAAGGGCUAAAAAUAUCAAAUCUAUAAAAAAAUUAUAUGAACAUUAAAUUAAUACAAAAUAUAUGAAGGAAAAAUUUAUCAAAUAGUAAAGACAAAUAUAAAAUUUGAUGGAAAAAGGAAAGCUUUAUAUAAUUAAGACUUUUGAAUUCACUAGAAAAGGAAUUUUUAAUGAAGAAUGCUCUCACUUAAUCAAAGAUUUCUAUUUUUAAUACAUAUUGUCAAGAACUCAAAAACUAAGGGAUUUAUGA